AUGGACUCUAUGAAUGGAACAAGCAUGGACAACUCCACGUCCAUGUCGAUGACCAUGAUGGCUAUGCUACCGUUCCACUAUCAUAUUGGUCACGACACUCUCUGGUUUCAGCCUUGGGUCCCCUCCUACGCGAGCACGACUUUCGCCGCAUGUGUUGGCCUUUUUUUCCUCGCUGCGUUCUACCGCUUCCUCGCCGCUCUUCGUGCGUCUGUCGACCUUCGUUGGCAGGCAGCCGCCGCCUCAAAGAAAGCGAUUCUCGCGGGGGAGGAGCAGUGCUGCGAACCCAGCGUUGGUGUGCUGCAAUUUUCCCUGUGGACGGACCUCCCGCGUGGUUUGCUCGAAGGCUUCCAGAGUGCGAUCGCGUAUUUUCUGAUGCUUGCUGUCAUGGUAAUGAAUGCGUGGUUCUUUAUAGCGAUAUUCUUGGGUAUCGUCGUCGGAGAGACAUUCUUCGGACGGUUUGGUGCCAGAGGCAUUGAGAAGUUCGGGACUUGCUAA